CGCUGUCCGCCUUUCGUGUUGAGCAUAAAGAUGACACGGCCACACCUCGUUCUUGUUGCAUGCACGGUGUCCAUGCUCUCGACGCCUGCAUGGUCUAUCCUCCUGGGUCGGACGUUGACUGGAGCCUGUGCCAAGACCUGCGACUAUGAAUACGAACCUCUGUGUGCUAAUAACGGCUUCACGUACCCCAACUUCUGCCUCUAUUCCGUCGAGGCCUGUAAGAACGCGUCCCUCGCCAUCGUCAGGAAUCGACCUUGUACUCUGCCAGACCCAUGCCUCUACGUAUGCCCGAGAGACAGCGACCCUGUGUGUGGGAGUAACGGCCUCACGUACCCCAACCCUUGCGUGCUGAUGUUCAAUGCCUGCUUCUAUGCGAGUCAGGGCAUAAGACCACGGCAUAAAGGAGCGUGUGUCGUGGACCAGAACCGCCGCAUCCGACCGCCUUGUCCCAAAUUCUGCACGCGAAUCUACGAGCCCGUGUGUGGGAGCGAUGGAAGGACUUACGCCAACGCCUGUCGUCUGGAGUCCGUGACCUGCCGUGACCCGUUCAUUGUGAAGGAGAAAGAUGGCGUGUGUGACGAUGAAGUCCCCCCUCCCCCAACACCCCCACGCUGCCCCGUCGGUUGCACCCGCGAGUACCUUCCUGUCUGUGCGAGCGACGGCAAGACAUACAAUAACAUGUGUCUCCUUAACAUGACAGCUUGUAGGGACCCGACCGUGUUCGUUGUCUCGGCAGGACCUUGUGAAAAUCCUGAAGAAGGCCAGACCGUCCCCUAGAUCUCCCCAGUGUCCUCAAGGAUGCACUCGCGAGUACCUCCCUGUCUGCGCGAGUGACGGCAGGACGUACAAUAACAUGUGUCUCUUCGAUAUGGCUGCCUGCAAAGACCCAUCGUUGAAGGUCGUAUUCGAGGGAC